AUGAGCUGUGCUGAGAGAUCACGGAUGUUCAAGCUGCGCACAAACUUGGACCAGCUGGACUCCUUACACAAACAGAAGGAGUAUGAGGUCCUGAAAGCCAGGGAGGAACUAAAAGCAUGCCAGCUGCGCAUCGCAGAGCUGGAGAAACAGCGAGUCGACGUAGAAGAAGAAAUAAGCAAGCAGGAAAAAGCAGAGAAUACAGCGGCAUUGUUUCGCCUGCGGGCACUGCAGAGACGGCUUUGCGUGGAGCUGCAAGGGGAGGAGGACCUUGAGUCGCAGAUUGAACUUGUGCUGGGAGAAAAUGA